AUGCUGGAACAAUACAAUGAUCCUUCUGUGGUCUCGAAUUACUUUCAAAACAAACGUUCGUCAUUGGACAUUCUUGAGUUUCAAUGCGUUAUCCGACGUGCUAUUGAAAAAUUUCACUCGAAUUUGCCAAUAGUCAAAGCGCUAGAUGUUGGAUGCGGAGAAGGUUCGUUAGGGAAAUAUUUAUUGAAUGAAGAUAUCGUUGCAUCAAUGGUUGGCGUCGACGGUUCGCAAAAAGUGAUUGAACUCGCAAACAGAAUGAAGAAUGAUGAUAAUCGUCUACAAUACCAUAACGAAAAUGCGAUCAAUUUAAGUAAGCUAUUAACGCUUGACGAAAAGUUUCGGCUUGUGGUGUCAGUGAAUAUGUUGAAUCAUGCCGAAAACAUUGAAAUGUUAUAUUCAAUGGUGAAAAAUAUCUUUAAUCAAUGCAGCGGAUAUUUUAUUGGUAUUAUACCAAAUCCAUUUUUCGAUUUUCAAGAAAAUGACGAAAACAAAUCAGUGAAAUAUGGUAACAAAAAGAUUGGCAAGAAACAUCCGCUGAAGGAUGGAGACGACAUUUAUGUUAUAGUAGGCUCUGGUACAGAUCACGCAGUUGAGCUAAAAGAUCAUUGGUACAGUGCAUCUUCGUAUGAGUCGGUAUUUAUCAAAGCCGGAUUCGAAUCAUUCCAAUGGUUACAAUUCGAAGAACUCGCUUCCGAUGAGGAAAAACAACAUUUUUCUGAUUAUUUUACCAACCCUCCACACAUUGCAUUUUCCGCCGUAAUUCGAAAAGAAGGCCAUUUUAUUGCGAUAAUGAAUACAUUCUUGUCAGCAUUCUUAUUUUACUUCUCUUUUUGUGAUCAUUUCAAUUUCAAAUUAAAGCGUCGUGAAUAA